UCCGACUUCCAACAUGGCGCACACUGGUGGCGGCGGCGGUGGCCCCGCGGGCCGGGGGCUGAGCGGCGCCCGCUGGGGUCGCUCGGGCUCCGCGGGCCACGAGAAGCUGCCGGUGCACGUUGAGGACGCCCUCACCUACCUGGACCAGGUGAAGAUCCGCUUCGGCAGCGACCCUGCCACUUACAACGGCUUCCUGGAGAUCAUGAAGGAGUUCAAAAGCCAGAGCAUCGAUACUCCUGGAGUCAUCCGCCGCGUCUCACAGCUCUUCCAGGAACACCCUGACCUCAUUGUCGGAUUCAACGCCUUCCUUCCCCUCGGGUACAGAAUUGACAUUCCGAAGAACGGCAAGUUAAACGUACAGCCGCCUCUGUCGAGCCAGGAGAGUUCACACAGCCACAGCGACUGUGCAGAGAACUUCAAGCAGCAGAUGCUGGAUAAGGAGGACAAACACCAGGUGCCCUUGGAGUCGGAUUCGGUGGAAUUCAACAACGCCAUCAGCUACGUGAACAAGAUUAAGACCCGCUUUCUGGACCACCCAGAGAUCUACAGGUCCUUCCUGGAGAUACUGCACACUUACCAGAAGGAGCAGCUGAGCACGAAGGGCCGGCCGUUCCGAGGCAUGUCUGAAGAGGAGGUGUUCACCGAGGUGGCCAACCUCUUCCGGGGCCAGGAGGACCUGCUCUCUGAGUUUGGACAGUUCCUGCCUGAAGCCAAGCGGUCCCUGUUCACAGGAAACGGGCCAUGCGAAGUGAACAGUGUCCAGAAGAGCGAGCACGAGAAGAAUCUGGAGCACAGCAAAAAGCGCUCUCGGCCCUCGCUCCUCCGUCCCGUGUCUGCACCAGCCAAGAAGAAAAUGAAGCUCCGUGGCACCAAAGACUUGUCCAUCGCCGCUGUGGGCAAGUAUGGGACUCUGCAGGAGUUCUCCUUCUUUGACAAGGUCCGCAGGGUGCUGAAGAGCCAGGAGGUCUAUGAGAACUUCCUGCGCUGCAUCGCACUCUUCAACCAGGAGCUCGUGUCUGGCUCUGAGCUCCUGCAGCUCGUCAGCCCAUUUCUAGGGAAAUUUCCAGAACUCUUUGCACAGUUCAAGUCCUUCCUGGGGGUGAAAGAGCUGUCAUUCGCCCCGCCCAUGAGCGACAGAUCCGGGGAUGGAAUAAGCCGGGAAAUUGACUACGCAUCUUGCAAGCGCAUCGGAUCCAGCUACCGGGCGCUCCCCAAAACCUACCAGCAGCCUAAGUGCAGUGGAAGGACGGCUAUCUGCAAGGAGGUGCUGAAUGACACCUGGGUCUCCUUCCCCUCCUGGUCAGAGGACUCCACCUUUGUCAGCUCCAAGAAGACGCCCUACGAGGAGCAGCUGCACCGCUGUGAGGACGAGCGUUUUGAGUUAGACGUCGUCCUGGAGACCAACCUGGCCACGAUCCGGGUGUUGGAAAGCGUGCAGAAGAAGCUUUCUCGGAUGGCGCCGGAAGACCAGGAGAAGUUCCGGCUGGAUGACUGUCUGGGGGGCACGUCAGAGGUGAUCCAGCGCCGGGCCAUCCACCGUAUUUACGGCGACAAGGCUCCAGAGAUCAUCGAGAGCCUCAAGAAAAACCCCGUCACCGCCGUCCCUGUCGUCCUGAAAAGGCUGAAAGCCAAGGAGGAGGAGUGGCGGGAGGCCCAGCAGGGCUUCAACAAGAUCUGGCGGGAGCAGUACGAGAAGGCAUACCUCAAGUCCCUGGACCAUCAGGCCGUGAACUUCAAGCAGAACGAUACCAAGGCCCUUCGCUCCAAGAGUUUGCUCAACGAGAUCGAGAGCGUCUACGACGAGCACCAGGAGCAGCAUUCGGAGGGCCGCAGCGCCCCCUCCAGCGAGCCGCACCUCAUCUUCGUGUAUGAGGACAGGCAGAUCCUGGAGGACGCAGCCGCCCUCAUUAGCUACUACGUGAAGCGGCAGCCAGCCAUCCAGAAGGAGGACCAGGGCACGAUCCACCAGCUGGUGCACCAGUUCGUGCCCAGCCUCUUCUUCUCCCAGCAGCUGGAGCUGGGGGCCUCUGAGGACUCCGCUGAUGAGGGCCGGGGGAGCCCCCAGGGGCAGGGCGCGGAGCCUGGCGACCGAAAGAAGCCGGCCCCUGGGCCACAGAGCAGCCCCGUGGAGGAGAAGGGGCCCGCAGGCACAGCCCCGACCUUGGAGCAGCUGCCGCUGCAGCACAAGCCCCUGGACGACGUCUACAGCCUCUUCUUUGCCAACAACAACUGGUACUUUUUCCUGCGCCUCCACCAGACCCUGUGCUCCAGGCUCCUGAAGAUAUACCGCCAGGCGCAGAAGCAGCUCCUGGAGUAUCGGACCGAGAAGGAGAGGGAGAAACUGCUCUGCGAGGGCCGCCGGGAGAAGGGCAACGACCCUGCCAUGGAGCUGCGGCUGAAACAACCAAGUGAGGUGGAGCUGGAGGAGUACUACCCGGCCUUCCUAGACAUGGUGCGGAGCCUGCUGGAGGGCAGCAUCGACCCCACACAGUACGAGGACACCCUGCGCGAGAUGUUCACCAUCCACGCCUAUGUCGGCUUCACCAUGGACAAGCUGGUGCAGAGCAUCGCGCGGCAGCUGCACCACCUUGUGAGUGACGACGUCUGUCUGAAGGUGGUGGAGCUCUACCUAAAUGAGAAGAAGCGGGGUGCCACCGGUGGGAACCUGUCCUCUCGCUGUGUCCGGGCUGCCAGGGAGACCAGCUACCAGUGGAAGGCCGAGCGGUGCAUGGCUGACGAGAACUGCUUCAAGGUGAUGUUCCUCCAGCGCAAAGGGCAGGUGAUCAUGACCAUCGAACUCUUGGACACCGAGGAGGCCCAGACGGAGGACCCCGUGGAGGUCCAGCACCUGGCUCGGUACGUGGAGCAGUAUGUGGGGACCGAGGGUGCGUCCAGCUCGCCCACCGAGGGCUUCCUCCUGAAGCCCGUGUUCCUGCAGAGGAACCUCAAGAAGUUCCGAAGGUGGCAGUGUGAGCAGGCGCGCGCCCUGCGCGGUGAGGCCAAGAGCUCCUGGAAGAGGCUGGUGGGCGUGGAGAGCGCCUGCAACGUGGACUGCCGCUUCAGGCUCAGCACGCACAAGAUGACCUUCAUCGUGAGCUCCGAGGACUACAUGUACCGCCGCGGGACCCUCUGCCGGGCCAAGCAGGUACAGCCCCUGGUCCUACUGCGCCACCACCAGCACUUUGAGGAGUGGCACAGCCGCUGGCUGGAGGACAACGUGACGGUGGAGGCGGCCAGCCUGGUACAGGACUGGCUGAUGGGCGAGGAGGAGGAGGACAUGGUGCCCUGCAAGACGCUCUGCGAGACGGCACACGUGCAUGGCCUGCCUGUGACCCGCUACCGAGUGCAGUACAGCCGCCGCCCAGCCUCGCCCUGACGCCACCACCUGGGCACCACGACACACGGCUC